ACUUUAGAGACGCUUUGACAAGCAUGAACGCGACUCUCGCAAGCUUACUCCUAUCAAUUUUACUUGCUUCAUGCGUUGUGGACGCAAGUUGUACUAGAAAAUUAGAUGUCAAGAGAAAAUGUCUGAAAAAAUGUAAUUCGAACUCUGACUGCAGAGGACGAAAGAAGAAGUGCUUUUGCGACGGUGAUUGCGGAAUGAGUUGUGUCAGACACAACAGAAAAUGUAAAGAAGUUUUGUCAAUUCUACACGGGGCUGUUGACGUAAAACCAUAUAAUCGUUUUAAUGCAAAAGCCCGUUAUUCCUGCGACGAAGGUUACACACUCAACGGACCAGAUGUAAGGGUUUGUAGAGGAGAUGGAAAAUGGGGUUUAACUGCUCCAUCAUGCGAAAUUGAAGGAAAAUGUCCUCCACCUCCGCACAUUUCACACGCAAAACCGGAUUCUCUACCCGGCCGAAAAUAUUUCAAUGUCGGAGACAGAAUUUACUACUCGUGCGAAAUAGGCUACGACCCUGAAGGAUUUUCCAUCAUAGCCUGUUUAGAUAAUGGUCUAUGGACUAAGCAUACAAUUAAGUGUAAUCCUAAGGCAUGCCCGGAUCCUGGUCAUAUUCACAAUGGAGUUAGACAAGUCGGUGAUUUUGUAUAUAUGAGUAAAGUGAAUUUUACCUGUAACGAAGGUUACCAAUUACAUGGAAGUCAGUCGUUAAAGUGCAAUUCGAGCGGAAAAUGGGAAGGAGUAAAGCCUCAUUGUCUACCAAUAAAAUGUCCUCUCUUGAAAAAUCCUUCAAAUGGAGAAGUUGUAUACUGGAAUAGGAACAGGAAAUAUAUCAAAAAGAACCUUAUCAGUUUAAAGUACGGUGACAAAGCGACAUUCAAUUGUAUGAGAGGAUUCGAGAUAAAAGGAGAUAGGGAAAGGAUUUGUUCCGCCAAUGAAAGAUGGAGCGGCGAGUCAGCAAGAUGUGCAAUUGUCGAUUGUGGAUAUCCCGGCCAUGUUCCCCAUGGAAUGAUUACUUCACCGAUAAAGACAACUUUUGGCGUUAAAUUAACAUUUAGAUGCGCUAAUAGAUCAACACACAAAGGUCACAUGGCCAUAACAUGCCAAGAGAAUGGAAGAUGGGAUCAUAGCCCUCCUCUAUGUUUAAAGCAAUGUACAGUUCCUAAAGUAAGACACGCGAAAGUCUACACUUCUCACAAUGACAAUGUUGGAAUUGUUCAAUAUUUUAAUCACGACAAUUAUGUAGUGAUUUCGUGUAAGAAGGGAUACGCCUUAGAGAAUCGGCAUAAGAAGAAAUCAUUCUGUAAUAAUGGUAAUAAAGGAAUUUACAGUUCAUCCCUUUGAAAGUCCUCUUGUCCUAAGGGCUAUUUUCAGCCUAAUGGUAAAAGACACGUAUAAAGUGAAACUUUUCGUACGGCGUUUAGCCUAAAAUGGUAUUAUCGGCUUUUUUCACUAGGCGAUAUCCCUUUAAGAUAAUAUGCAAAUAGUCUGCAUUAGAUGUGUAGAGAGAAUUUUCAUUUAUUAGGAGGAAAAGAAAAACAGUAUCCUUUGCUCGAAAGAGAAACUACAUCUACAACAAUAAGAUUCUAGUUUUACUGUGUAUCCCUUGUGAUCACCUCUUAAAACCAAUUCAGAUAGCCAUAUAUAAAUAUACUGUUUCCUUUAGGUACAUGGGAAGAUCUGCCAUCUUGCGUCCCAGCUCCGUGUGCCAGACGUCCUCCUAGCUUGGAGAAUUUGGAGAGCGGCGUUAUGCGCUUUAAUAGUAAUCAGCACGGGGCCGAAGCCAAGUACGAGUGCUUUAGUGGUUUUAUUUUAAAAGGACAUCCAACCGUAAAAUGUCAAAAGGGUCGUUGGGUUGGACACAGACCGCGAUGUAUACCAAUAGUUUGUGAACAACCGGGAGGAAUAAGAAAUGGUUUGGUCUACCUUGUAGGGAAGAUGGGUAGAUACAAAUACGAAGAGUAUACGAAUAGAAGAAGGCAUACAGAUCAAUUAGAGUUUGAAUGUAAUUCCGGAUAUAAAUUACAAGGUCCUAGAGGAACUACUUGUAUUAACGGAAAAUGGAGUCCAGAUAAAUCAAGUUUUCCUAAGUGUGUACCAAAAAUGCAUCCUUUAUUCAUUGGAUAUCAAGGAAAAAGGAAAUUUCACACUUUCUUUUAAUUUUCAGUUUGCUAAUACAGUAUAAGAUAUUUUUUAAUUAGCAAAGCUACAAUACGUGUUUGUUUACACUUGUACAUAUCCAUAAUUAUAUAAGUAUGUAUAUAUAUAUAUAUUAUAUAUAUAUAUAUAUAUAAAUUUAUAUAUAUGUAUUACCUC